AUGCUGAUGCUGAUGCUGCCAACAGCGUUAGUAAAUGGAAUGGAUCGGUUUAUAUCUUCUCUCCUGUUGGUGCAUUCCUCAGUGACUCGUAUUGGGGAAGGCUAUUUCCAGGAUAAAGGAAUAUGGGUUCUUGGAUUUUGGGAUUCUACUGGAUCAGCCUUUGUAGCUCUUCUCCCGUUUCUUGGAGGUACCAAAAGAUACAGACACUUCAAGCCAAGAGGAAAUCCCCUUGCAAGGUUUUCACAAGUGAGAGUUGCAGCAGCCAAGAAUUGGAAGGAGGAAAUGCCAGCAGGUGAAGUUCAUAACUUACACGAGGAGGAUGGAAAUGAGAAAUCAAUAUUUGAUGCUAGAAAGAUGCUCCACACCAAUGCUUUCAAACUCUUGGACAGAGCAGCAGUCACUAAUUCACCAGUUUUUUUGGCACAAUCCUUGGCGCCUCUGUCCCCGUUUCCCAAAUUGAAGAGAAUCCCUCCUGCAAGCAUGUCUAUCUUUAACAUCCUUAGCGUCGCAGUCUUCAUAUUCCUGUACCGUAGAGUGAUAGAUCCACAUGUUAGUAGAAUUAGGAAGAAUAAAGGGCAAGGUCAGUUGGAGUUCUUCAAUGCACAAGCACCCGGUGGGCUUAAGAGCAUUGACAGUACACUACAUAUUAGUAGCUUGCUUGUCUUCCUUGUAACGAAAUUUUCUACUGUCGAUAAUAUGCCUGGAUGGAUCCCGGGAAAUCUUAACAGAGGUCAUCUAGACAGGUUUUAUUUUCUCUUAGCUGGCUUGACUACAGUCGAUUUGGUUCUCUACAUUGCCUGUGCCAAGUGGUACAAACGUAUGAAACUCGGAAAAGACAAUGAGGAUGGGCAAUGUGGAGUCUAA